CAACUAAUUCCCCACCUCUAAAAAAAGAAAGAAAAAAGGACUAAUUCCCCGCCAUUUUUAAUCCUCCCACUCAAUUCUCAGUCUCUCCCAUAUCGCCAUCAUUCCUUUUCAUCACUAAAUGAGAAACAGCUACCGGUGAAAAACGAGAGUUAAAAAAAAAAAAAAAGAGAAUUCUCCUCCCGCGGUUAUAGAUAAUGACUCGGUUAUUUCGAUCUAAAUCCUGCGGCCUAGUCGGCAUCACCGAAUUGAACUCCUCCAACGCCGCUCCCACCUUCUUCUCCCGCCGCCGCCGCGGCGGCUCCGACGCCCGAAACGAUGCCGGCGAAGAGGAGGAAGGCGACGAGGAAUUCAUCGAUGGUUCCAGGAGCCCCACCGCGAUUUCCACUCCGUUCAUCAGUCCGGCGUCGAGGUACGGCGGUCGGACGGCGGCGGAUCGAGGCGGCGGCGGAGGGGGGAAUCAGUUCGCUGUUCUGGAUGUGCUGGUGACAGCGCUGCGGAGGUCGCUCGUCACGUGCAGCGUGGUGGAGAGAGACGACGACGCAUCCUCCUCCUCCAUGGAUAUUAGCUGGCCUACGGAGGUCAGGCACGUGUCCCACGUGACCUUCGACCGCUUCAAUGGAUUCCUCGGCUUGCCCCGGGAGCUCGAGCCCGAGCUUCCCCGGAAAGUCCCCAGCGCCAGUGCGAAUGUGUUUGGUGUGUCUGCGGAGUCAAUGCAGUGCUCUUACGACGACAGAGGGAACAGCGUGCCGACGAUACUUCUCAUGAUGCAGAGGCGUUUGUAUGUAGAAGGAGGCCUUAAGGCUGAAGGAAUAUUCCGAAUCAAUGCCGAGAAUAGUCAAGAGGAGUAUGUUAGAGAGCAGCUUAACAGAGGUGUCAUUCCACGCGCUAUCGAUUUCCAUUGUCUGGCAGGUCUGAUUAAGGCAUGGUUCAGAGAACUACCUUCAGGAGUGCUGGAUUGCCUAACGCCAGAGCAAGUGAUGCACUGCAACACAGAAGAUGACUGCACUCAGCUUGUGAAGCAGCUUCCUCCUACCGAAGCAGCGCUUCUCGAUUGGGCCAUCAAUCUGAUGGCAGAUGUCGUGGAGCAUGAGCAGUAUAACAAAAUGAAUGCUCGGAAUGUUGCGAUGGUAUUUGCACCUAACAUGACUCAGAUGGCUGAUCCAUUGACUGCAUUGAUUCAUGCCGUACAAGUGAUGAACUUGCUCAAGACGCUGAUCAUGAAAACCCUCCGCGAACGAGAGGAAUCAACUUCAAAUGCCACUAGGCAAUCAGCACACCCAGAUUCCCCAUCUGAUGAAACCCACCAGUCGAUUAGUCAAGAAUCUUUUGUAAAGCCAUGCAAUGUAUUUCCGCUCGAUAUGGCUUUCACCACUAACAUCUCAGGGUCCAACACUACAAGUAGACCAGACACCAAAAGGUGUGGAGGGGGAAUCAAUGGAGACCAAGAAUCAGAGUCCAUUUCCAUCAGCAGCCCAACUUUGUGCGGAAUGGACAGCUUUGAAAACGGAUGUAAAGAAGGGUACGAGAACAGGGACCAGCGAAGUUUGAGCAAAGGGAUGAGAAGGUUAUGCAGACACCCAAUUUUUCAGUUCAACAAGCCGGCGAAGAAAAUGCAGGAUAUUGGUGGCUUUCUAAGUAGCAGUGGCGGUGACAGAAGAGAAGCUUGGGCUUGAUCUGUAUAUAUAUCCUUUACUGCUUGGUGGCCCUGGCUCUAAUCGUCCCUCUCUCUACGUUACUGAACUGCAGAGUUCUAUCUCCAUUGCUUUCCCUUGUGAAAAGUUGUUCCUAGCUUGUUUUCGGAUGUGGAUGUUCAUACUUCUUGUGUUGUCAGGUUAAAAAAGAAUAUAGUAGGUAUUUGGUUAGGCUUUAGCUGAAGCUCUAGCCAGAAUGAUGGAUAAUAAUUCUGUCAGUCUGUUUGUCUUUGAUGCAGUGAAGAGUUUGUGGAGUUUCGAGUUUUUGAGUGGUGAGAUCUUGGAACAAAUGCUUGGUAAUGUUGCAAUGAAAAACUAACCGGUUGAUGUUUAUUGUGGAGUUAACGCUUUCUUAUACG